AUGGUGUGUUUGCUGUGCAUUCCCCUGACAAUCUUCAUAAAUUUUUAUUACCCAAAUAAAAUAGCCGAAAGAGAUGUUGGUUUCUGCAAGCUGGCACGAGUUACGCAGGUAAAGAUUUUAAUGUACAAUGUAUUAACCGUAACGAUUUCAGAGGACCUGGUGGAGCUGAUAGGCGUCACACCACUAAUCAAGCAAAAUAAUUAAAAGUAAUGUUUCAGUGAAAACAGUAGUCUGCUACACAGCCGUUUUUAGUGUCGUCACGCAAUUAGUGGGGAAGAGCGUUGCGUGACGACUCUAAAAACGGCUGUGUAGCAGACCAUGAAAACAGUUAAGAUCAAAGCUCUUUAAUCUCGCGGGAAUAAUGUUCCCAGGGCACCAGUUCAUUCGUUUCCUAGCGACGCACGUCAACUAGAAGAAGCCUUUUUGCAAUAUUUAGCAGUAAUGUCUCGCCUAAAUGUUUCGGCAAGUCCUCUCUACAAGAGCCAAGACACUAUAGCUAAACAUUACAAAUUUCAGCGUCAGCAACGUCAAGAAUUAAAAGGGAAAACCGCAGCGCACCUCACUUUCCUUUGAUGUGAGUCACCAAAACGCUUUGUUUAAAUUUCCACUAUAUAAUUAUGCCCCGACAAAGGAAAUAAAUAGUUGAACCAAUCAGAGACAACAAACGGAACUUUCUCCUGCGCCCACUUAGGAAACAUCAGUAACAAUUAAAGGGACAGUGUCCCGAUUAUGCGCACGCGCGAGCGUCAUCUGUUUUUUCUUCAAAAGACAAUAGAACUGUCAUAUUGACUCGACAAGAUUUCCUUCCGGACCGCACCGCCGACAGAGAUUUGUUGUUUAUAUUCUCAAGUAAUAUUUUAGACUUUCAAAGAAGACUUUCGUCUUGUAUAAAAAUUUGGCUCGCGGUUCGAAGACUUAUCGCGAUUUUAUCGCUAGCUGGGCCGCCUCGCGACCCGAAAAUCUCGUACCGCUCGCUUUAAAAACAUAUUUUCUAAUUUGAAACUCGUGUCAGAGGUCAGUUGUUCCAAGUCUAGUAAUAUCUGCCUGAUUUGCUCGCGUUCUAGCCUCAAACGUUUGAAAGACUUAAAUAAAAAUGCAAUCUCAACGCUAUGAAUCAUCAGAAAGGUUAGUCAAAAAUUAUAUUAUGAUUUCAUGGCACUAGUUUUUCUAAACAUGUAGCGCCUGUUUGUUUGAUUUUGUCGGCCGUUAGGGAGAUUCAUUUAAAAAAGUUUACUAACGCGUCGUUGCAAAACAUUCUGUUUCACGAAGCUCCCCUCCACAAGAUCUCCUCAGUCACAUCAAUGUCUCAAUGGUUUCUUUCUUACAGUCUUUAUUGUUGCCGUUUCAUUUCUGCGUAUUCCUUUCACAAUUAUCUGAGCUUGUAUGGAAGCUAGCAGAAGAAAUAAGCCUUCAAUCGGCAUCAAAGUGCUUCCAAUCUUUUGGUCCUCCGGCCAACGGCAAUAAAAGUAACGCCACAAAAUCCAGAUUUUGCCCAAAUCGAAACUUAACAGGAACAAUAUAUCAUUGAUCUGUAAUCCUAAGAAGUUUUAGUGUCGUAUUGAACCUGGUCAAGCGCGAUGCAAACGGAUUUUUCAAGGUUCUCUUACUCUCCUCGCAUCUUUUGAUUUCGAGACAUCCUGUCCAAAAAUCAAAGUUUGGUGCAUGCGCUGUAACGGGAUACUGUUCCUUUAAUAAACGCGUCUUUUCCUGUCUUCAAAAAAAGUGCAAUUUUGUUGCUCAUUAAUAUGUGGGCAUGUCCUUUUGUUAAUUGCCGGAAUUGGUUUGGUCAAUAAGUCAGGAGAUUUUGAAUCGGAAAUCUAAAGCCGAAUGUCGUGUUCAGUGAUUACUGUACAACGUUUUGUAGUGUACAUAAUUCUUCCAACGAAUCCGGUUACUUUUCCGCUAGUGAUCAUAUGAGUUUGCGGUAAAACCAAUUGAGAAGAAAAUGACGGGCGUAAAAGUUCCCGCUUGAAUGUCUCUGGAUUUAUCGAUGUAGGCGAACGCUUGAGAAUCCAAAUACCCUGAAUAUAUUCAAUGUGAAAACACUUAUAAAUGCGAAAACCACUGGCCUCCAGUGCAAACCUUGCCUGUUAUUUUACAGUACGAAAUAUGGUAAUAAUAUACAACUUUUCGUAUCUUCUCCACCUGUAGUCAAACCAUAUCCACAGUAUUGCAUAUUUACUUUAUUCCUUUUCCGUAGCACCUUAACCCUGUAAUCUCAGUCAGCCUGAUGACAGCAAUAAGUAUUGAUCGAUACAUGACAUUUGUGAAGCAGGAACUAACGUGCAUCAAUAGAUCUUGGUAUCUCAGGCCGGCCUGGUUGAUCUUCUUUGCUUGGGUAUACGGUACAGUUCAAUGCCUUCCGAUUUUUUAUACAAGCAAUUUCAUUCCUCUUGAUUAUAAUAACAGCACCAUCCACUACUGCAGUACUACACACGGCCAGUCUCUUGUUGGGACGAUUUACCUCGUUGCCUCAGUCUUACUUGGGUUCGUGAUACCUUUAGCAGUCUUAACUAUAUCAUAUCGCAGAAUUAUAAAAGUGAUAUCGACCAGGGAUCGCAGACUUUCUGCGACUGUAGGGGAUAUAUCCAAUCCCACAAUCACAAAUGCCAAGUUGCUGGAAAGGUCCAGGAAGAGAGUUCUUCGCGUCUUGGUGAUUGUAGUUGUUUGUUUUGUCGUCUGCUGGUUGCCUUUCGCUGUCUACUUUGGGCUACUGGUGCAGCAUCUCAGGGAAUUUCCAAACGUUAUGGAUCCGGUGAGUCUCAUAACCUAUGGACUGGGCAUAUCAAACUCAGUC